UCAUUAUUGAUUCAGUGAGAAAACUACUACUAAGUGGUAUUGUUUAAAAAUGACUUCAGCCGGCGCAGUAACCCGCAUUUUGCUCAGAAAAAACCUGCUUAAAAACGGGCGUGUGGCUGCUCUACCCAAUACGGGUUUUGUGAAGUUCUACAGCGCAGCACCAACAUACGAAAACAUUAAAAUAAAUGUAGUGGGGUCAAAGAAGAAUGUAGGUCUGAUCCAACUGAAUAGGCCCAAGGCCCUGAAUGCCCUAUGCAUGCCGCUGUUUAUCGAGCUCGGAAAAGCCGUCAAAGACUUCGACGCCGACGGUACCAUUUCUGCCAUAAUUAUUACUGGCAAUGAGAAGGUUUUCGCAGCUGGCGCUGACAUCAAAGACAUGCAAAAUCAGACAUACAGUUCACUUCAGAGAGCUGGAACCCUUAAGGGGUGGGACGAAGUCUCCAACUGCGGCAAGCCUGUCAUUGCAGCUAUCAACGGGAUCGCUCUAGGUGCCGGCUGCGAGCUAGCCAUGCUCUGUGACAUAAUCUACGCAGGCGAGAAGGCCCAGUUCGGUCAACCAGAGAUCAACAUCGGCACCAUCCCCGGCGCCGGCGGCACCCAGCGCCUGCCACGCUACGUCGGCAAGUCUAAAGCCAUGGAGAUCGUGCUCACUGGCAACUUUUUCAGUGCGCAAGAGGCGGAGAAAAUGGGUCUAGUGGCCCGCGUGUUCCCUGUAGAGAAACUCUUGGAAGAAACAAUCAAGCUGGCCGAGCGCAUCGGCACGCACUCGCCGCUUAUCGUCAAGUUGGCCAAGCAAGCCGUCAACCAGGCCUAUGAGACCAAUCUUGCAGCUGGUCUACUGUAUGAAAAGUCCAUAUUCUACGGCACAUUUGCCACGAACGAUCGCAAAGAAGGAAUGACUGCAUUUGUUGAAAAGAGAGCGCCCCGUUUCAAGAAUGAUUGAGCGUCGUUUACAAGAAUAGAAAAUUGUUGAUAUUGAAUCAUAUAAUGUCUGAAUAUACAUUUUAU